UUUUUUUUUUGUAAUUCAAAUAAUACGGAUACUUAUAUUGUCAUCAUGAGUAGCGUACAAGCUGUUAUCGCUGCAUUAAAUCAACAAAGUGCUAUAAACAAUUGUCCACAACCAACAAGUCGAUUAUCAAGAUCUAGACCCGAUAUCUCCUCCAUUAAAAACAAAUUCGAAUCGACUUCAACACCAAAAAGAUCAAGCAAUAUCGAAAAAUCUAUCAUCAAGGAAAGAACUAGUAGUUUAAAUAGAGUAUCAUUACCUCCAUCACCAUUAUCAUCAUCAGCAUCACCAUAUCGAUCAGAACGAUCUCCACUUUCUAAUGGACGUUACUCUCGCACGGAUGUAUCUACUGGUGUUAAAAACGAUAGCAAAAUAGAAUCAUUGAAGAAACAACUGGAACAAGUGACACUAGAACGGGAUACAUUAAAGCGACAAAUUUCGGAUGAAAAAUUGACUUCAACAUUGACGCCACCAAUUACCCCCUUUUGGUUUGACAUGGAUGAUCAUAAUGAAGACAAGCAAUAUCAGGAAGAUUAUGAUGAUAUGAUGAUCGAUUAUCAUCAUCAGUUUUUUGUCAAGAUGCAAGAACAACAACAAGUCAAAUCUCUUCAGAGUCAAUUAGCAGCCUGUGAAAUCGGUACUCAUUGGAUGAUCAAUAAGUAUUUGGGUGAAUUGGAACAAGAACGACUUUAUACAAAAUCAUUAAAUGCCAUUGUCAAAAAUCAAGAGGAAUUGAUCAACGCCGUAGAAAUCAGUACCAGUCGACCAUCCUCAAUCAUGUCUACUUCUUAUCAUCAACAACAACAAACGUUUUUGUUACAAUCACAAGUGGAAAUACAACGUAUGGAAUUGGAAGACAAACAAGAAAUGUUGAAUAUAAUGGCGGAUGAAAGGGAAAUCAUGCUUAAAAAAAUUAAUCAACUUACACAACAGCUUCAAUCCGAUUCAGUAAUCACACAACAACAACAACAAAUGGAAAGCGGAAGUCGACGACAGAGAAAUCAUCCACGAACAGUAUCAUCAUCAUCAUCUUGCUCAACUUCAUCUUAUGAGACAACAAUUUCCUCUUCAACAUUAUCAAUAUCUGAUUGGGUCCAACUUCACGAUAGGCAACAUCAAUCUACUCCUUUGUCGAUCUCCCUCACAAAAUCUUCUCCUUCUUCACGACCCUAUUCCCCUCCUCAGACUCCGCCUCCAAAGGAGAGAUUGCCACCAUUACCAACAUCAGGAUCAAUAUUAUCAUCAACAUCAUCCUUCUCAACAAUAGCAUCAGUAGCAACGACAACAUCAUCCCCUCGAUCCACAUUUAUAUUGGCCCCUUCUUCUCCUAUGCCUCCUUCAACUCCAUCCUCUCUGGCACUGUCAUCUUCAGCAUCCUCAAUAAACUCGCAAUCAUCACUAUCAUCAUUAUCAUCAUCCAGCAGUGGCGAUAUACAUGGAUUACUUGCUCACCAAAAAUCUUUACAGGAUGUUCGCACGUUAAAUGAUCAUCACUACCAACAUUAUCAACAUCAUCAUGGCUACACUUCUGGCGACCCCUCGUUUUAUUCUGAUAAACGAGUUAUUCGACAAAAAUCAUUUUGGAAAGGGUGGAAACAACGGUUAUCAAAUUAGGGGUUUAAACAUCAUCAUGCUGGUUCAUGAAGUAGUUUAGU